CCACGAGCGCGCUGCCAUUCUCCCACUCCGCUCUCAAAGCCCCCCGCUCUCCCUCGUCCCUCCCACCUCGCUCUCCCUUCUACUCCUCCCCUGCUCCCUCCUCUUCUCCUCGUCGUCCUCCAGAAUCCGCGUGCCAGCCACUUUCACCCGUGCUUCGCGCGCUUCUGAUCUGCCGCUUCGCUCUUAGCGUUCUUGAUUCGGAGUGCGGCGAGUUUUGCUCGGGCUGGAUCGUUUUGUUGGUUAGCCUUGGAGUUGUUUGAGUUGACCGGGAGCGAGGGAGAAGGGAAGAGCUUGCUGUGUUUGUUGGCCGGCCGGAUCGGUGGCGAUGCCGGACUCCGACAACGAGUCCGGCGGGCCGAGCAACGCGGAGUUCUCGUCGCCGCGGGAGCAGGACCGGUUCCUGCCGAUCGCGAACGUGAGCCGGAUCAUGAAGAAGGCGCUCCCGGCGAACGCCAAGAUCUCCAAGGACGCCAAGGAGACGGUGCAGGAGUGCGUCUCCGAGUUCAUCUCCUUCAUCACCGGCGAGGCCUCCGACAAGUGCCAGCGCGAGAAGCGCAAGACCAUCAACGGCGACGACCUCCUCUGGGCCAUGACCACGCUCGGCUUCGAGGACUACAUCGAGCCACUCAAGCUCUACCUCCACAAGUUCCGCGAGCUCGAGGGCGAGAAGGUGGCCUCCGGCGCCGCGGGCUCCUCCGGCUCCGCCUCGCAGCCCCAGAGAGAGACAACGCCGUCCGCGCACAAUGGCGCCGCCGGGGCCGUCGGCUACGGCAUGUACGGCGCCGGCGCCGGGGCCGGCGGAGGCAGCGGCAUGAUCAUGAUGAUGGGGCAGCCGAUGUACGGCUCCCCACCGGGCGCGUCGGGGUACCCGCAGCCCCCGCACCACCACAUGGUGAUGGGCGCUAAAGGUGGCGCCUACGGCCACGGCGGCGGCUCGUCGCCAUCGCUGUCGGGGCUCGGCAGGCAGGACAGGCUAUGAGGCAUGACCGGCUUCUUGGUUGGGUGUCGGCAAUUGGUGCCGGCACGCUGGUUAACCUUCGUUUUUUCUUUUUGUGGUUUAUAAUGUUGUGUUAAAUGGAGGCAGUGAUAUGGUUGAUACUACUGGUCGCUUACCCUCUUGGUAAUCCCAUGCCUUGUGCCGUGCUCCUGCUGAUGAACUGAGCUAUGGCGAGCAGCUUGUAGCCUUAAGCCUUGUGUACUACUGCUACAGAAAUGGUGCCAUUGACAAUUCGAACCUAGCAUGCUGUGUCUCUGGUAACAGCUGACAGUGACAAAAAAAAAUUUCCUUUUUACUC